AUGUUGAGGCGUUCUCCAAUCCUUACGUUCCGCUCCUCCGCCAAGCAACCUGCACAGCAGACACAGUCAAGGAAGACACCUGCGGAGCUGAUCACGUACCGUCUCGACCAGGAAAUGGUUUAUGUCCAGCCUGCAAAUGACUUCGAGGAAGCAUUGAAUUAUGCACAAUCAGUCUUUCCUCAACUCUUCGCCGUUCCGCGUUCACGAAUCGCAUUCGCUGUGAACGUUCGUGUAAACGGCAUACUGAGACCCGUUCGAAUCGCGCCAAUGGCUUGGCCAAGAGUCCGCCGUUCAUUGGCAACCUACGAAAUUAUCGACAUCUCCAUCCUGCCGCCUGCUCCAUCUCCGGUUGCCGCCACCAAUUUCAUUAAAUUCGAAACGGAGCUCGACACAUCCACAUCCGAUUCAUCUUCGCUAAAUAGUUUCGUUAUCGCCACCUCGACCACUAAGGUAGAGGAAUACUAG